AUCUAUAUAGACUUGUUAUUGGUUCCCUGUAUAAAAGAAGAUGCUUGAAGGGUAACUCUCAAGAUGUAGGUCAGCUCGAGCACGGAUUAAAGCCAUCACUACUUUCCAUACUCUGUUUUGCUCUCAGCAAAGUAUCAUUAUUUCAAUCAUACACGAGGAUACUCUCGUGUUAUACUUACAGUCUAAAGCUCUAGUAAUGUGAAGAUAUAGAAAUCUAUAAAUGUAGGACAAUCUUGAUGCAUCACUCACACGUAUUUGAUUUCUGCAAUGUAGGUUUGGUUCACACUUUUCUCUAAAACAUAGAAGAUCUUUUGUGGAUCAUAAACUCUGUGCCUCAAUUUCUACGAUCUAUAUAGACUUGUUAUUGGUUCCCUGUAUAAAAGAAGAUGCUUGAAGGGUUCCUCUCAUGUUCCCAAGAUGUAGAUCAGCUCGAGCACGGAUCAAAGCCAUCACUACUUUCUAUACUCUGUUUUGCUCUCAGCAGAGCAUCCUCAUUGAUUCAACCGCGUGCAUGAACGCGCGCGUGUUGUUGUACUCGGAGCGUCGGCGUACAUUCACAAAGCCAGUCUUUCCUGUUAUACGCGCGGCGCCGAGCCAGUGAGCAGCGCGACGCCGAGCCGAGCGGAGAGAAGCGUUGAACGCCGUUAAAUUCCGCGUCGAUUGCGCGCACGAUCGCGAUCAGGUGUUCUCACAGAAGAUCUAUCAAACGUGAAACCAUCUGCCGGAAGAAGAAGAGAAAAUCCGACGCUCAGCGUCCGCAAAUGGCCAGACGUGUCGAGAUAACAGAUCUGGAGCAGCAGCUUUGAUGCUACGUAAAGUAGAAACAAAAGAAUGGAGAUGCUGGGUAUAAAGUUUGCACCGUUGAAUGUACCGUUGAAACGAAGACUGGAAACGCUGUCAGCCGCAGUAUGGUUCAUUUGGCUGAGCGCUGGAGAUUUACUGGGUUACCUGAUCACUGCUUAUCUCUUGUUCUAUACCACGAUCAUACGUUAUUUCAUGUUACUGUAUUUUCUGUGGAUGUAUUAUGACUGGGAUACGGGGAACAAGGGAGGUAGGAGCGAAAGAUGGACGAGGUGGUUGAGGAACUGCACAUGGUUUCAGUAUUAUUGCGACUAUUUCCCCGUCACGUUAGUGAAGACCACCGACUUAGAUCCCACCAAAAAUUACCUGUUCUGCUGUGUACCUCACGGUAUAUUAUCCACGGGAGUGUUCGGUGCAUUCGGGACCGACAUUCUAGGUUGCAAAGAAACGUUCCCAGGUUUAGACGUCCGGAUCGUGGUUCUGGAUCAGCACUUCAAGAUCCCUCUGUUUCGCGAUUACGUUUUGAUGAACGGUGGAGUCAGCAGCAACGAGGAGAGCUUGAAUUAUCAGCUGUCGACCAAACCUGAGCCGCCAUUUACAGGAAGAGCGACGGUCCUCAUCGUCGGAGGAGCUGCGGAGUCCUUGGAGUGUACUCUAGGAACUUAUCGUCUUCUAUUGAAAAGAAGAAAAGGAUUCGUGAAACUGGCGCUGAAGCAUGGGUCACCAUUGGUACCAGUCUUCUCGUUCGGAGAAACGGACAUAUACGACCAGGUGUACGGACCCGAAGGUUCACGUCUCAAGAAGAUCCAACACUACAUUCGCAAAUAUAUUGGACUCGCACCCAUUCUUCUGAAGGGUCGUGGAUUCUUCCAAUACUCCUUCGGUAUUAUUCCACAUCGGAAGCCUGUGACUAUCGUUGUUGGGAGUCCACUGGAGCUACCAAAACUAUCAGAGCCCACAAAGGAGAAGAUCGACGAGUACCACGAAAAGUUCACCACCAAGGUGAUCGACUUGUUCGAGACCCACAAGCAUAAAUACAUAAAGGACGCAGACUCCGUACACCUCGAGUUCCUAUAGUGAAACUUCAUGGACUUCAUUCAUAACGAACAUUCAUUCGUUCAGAAUUUAAGAUUCCUCAUAGUUAGUUCUAGAACCAUAUCGCGAAUUUCCACGUGCAAUUGUUUUAUCUGUUAGUUAGGUAAGUUUGCGUAAGAAAGAACCAAUAGAAUUAAGAAUGUACAUUGUUUCCUGCAAUCAAUUAUAAAGAGAUGGCCUUAAGCGACAUUUGCUCAAAUAUGAAUAGAUCGUUGUUUAAUUGUUAGCGAGCGUAAAAUGAUAGAAAUUUGUACAGUUUAUGCAAGUUAGGAGGCCAUUGGAUGACCAGGAUGACCAUUGGUCUUUAGAUAAGGAAGUACUGUUACUCGUUAUAUCACAUAUCACUUUUCUACAAGUUUUAUUAUACGUUGUAUUACGUGUUACAUUUUCACGUCGUUACGUUGAUACUAGUUACAUAUCGUUACCAGUAUGUAUUGAUAAUCGUUGAAUUACACGUUAAUUCUGACCUAA